CAUGACCCUGCGGCGCCUGCGGCGGCUCCGGCCGAAGGAGGAGGAUGCGGCCCCGGCCCCGGCCCCGGAGCGCCCCGGCCCCGCCGACGUCUACCGGGCGCUGGCGGCCGCCGGCGGGACCCUGCCCCGCGUGCGCAAGGAUGCGGGGUUCAAGUGGAUGUCCCCCAGCGAGUCCCCAGAGGAGCACAGGAGGGUGGUGACGCUGGAGAAGAAGGCGGAGGAGACCUUUGGCUUCGAGAUCCAGACCUACGGGCUGCACCACCAGGACAGGAACAGCGUGGAGAUGUUCACCUUCGUGUGCCAAGUGCACAGCGGGAGCCCGGCCGAGGCGGCGGGACUCAAGGCUGGGGACACGAUCACGGGGGUGAAUGGGCUGAACGUAGAGGGCAUCCGGCACCGGGAGAUCGUGGAGAUCAUCAAGAGCUCUGGGAAUGUGCUCAGGCUAGACACGCUCUACGGGACGUCCAUCCGGAGAGCUGAGCUGGAGGCACGGCUGCAGUACCUAAAGCAAACGCUCUACGAGAAGUGGGGGGAGUACCGCUCGCUGAUGGUGCAGGAGCAGCGCUUGGUGCGGGCAGGAGUGGUGGCCAAGGACCCCAGCAUCUACGACACGCUGGAGUCCCUGCGCUGGUGCCUGCAGGGGGGGGGGGCCCCCGGCUCCCCCCGCGCCAGCGCCGCCGGCAGCGACGACUCCUUGUACCAGACCUGCGUCUUCACCGACUCCCUCGACAAGGACGGGGACGGGGACACCUCGGGACCCGCGCCCCCUCCGCCCCGAUCCCGGCCAGCCCUGACCCGCAGCUCCAGCCUCAAAUGCAGCGGGGGCGCGGGGGCCGCGGGGCUGCUGUGGGCACGGGCCGGAGACCCCCGGCCGGGGGUGGGGGUGGGCCCCCCCCACAAGGCUCGGCACAGCAGCUUCCGCCAGCGGUUGCUCAAAUUCAUCCCGGGACUGAACCGUGCGCUGGAGGAAGAGGAGAGCCACCUCUAGCUGGGGGUGCUGUUCCCACACCCCCCCCCCCCCCCCCAAGCCUAAUUUAUUUAUUUAUUGCAAGAAGCUCCCCCCCCGCCCCCCCCCAGCAAGGCGUGGGGGUCAUGGCACCGAGGGACACAAGCGGGGGCUGUUCCCAAGGUGCCAAGGUGGCUUGUGAAGCCACCGCUCAUCUCAGGAACUGGUGGCCUCCGUGCUGGGGGGGUGGGGGGAGGGGGCUGUGUGCCCCCGACCCCCCCCCCCC